GGACUAACGUGACCUCUCUCUUCUCCACCGUGUGUUCGGCCCGUCCGUGCGAGAUACCGAGAGCAAUUAAGCUGCGAGAGGGUGCCUGAGAAUGGACGGAGCCUCCUGGUGCGGGGUAUAAAGCUUUUAGGCUUGAUUGACUUCAUCUGUUGAGGGAGCUUCCAACCCUUGCGUGAUUCACUGAUACUACCCCGAUCUAGUCGAACGAUACUGUCACCACCAUGGCACCUUCUCGCGUACCGAUGAUCAUGGGGACGAUGACGAUGGGCGAGGCUGGCAACGGACCUGUUCGUACGAGUGAACUUCCCGACUGCCAAGCAAUCCUGGACGUCUUCUUCCAACAUGGUUAUACUGAGCUGGACACUGCUCGCGGAUACGCUGCUGGGACGACUGAAGCAUACUUGAGCAAGCUUAAGCUACCCGAGAACGUUGUGAUUGAUACCAAGGUCUGGCCCAAUCCACCCAACUUCCACAAGCCCAUCGGUGUGCGCGAAGCCCUUCUCACGUCGCUCAAGACGCUCAACCGCAAGAGCGUCCGCAUCUUCUACCUGCACGCGCCGGACCGGACGACGCCUUUCGAAGAGACUUGCGCUGAGCUUGACAAGAUGCACAAGGAAGGGUUGUUCGAGAUUCUGGGGCUGUCGAACUUCCCGUCCUGGGAGGUGGCCGAGAUGGUGACACUGUGCAAGGAGAGGGGAUGGAUCCAACCGAAGGUAUAUCAAGUCAUGUACCACGCUCUCGCUCGUGGUGCUGAGCUGGAGCUCGUCCCUGCUCUGAGGAAGUAUGGGAUGCGUCUAACCAUCUACAAUCCCCUCGCAGGCGGUUUCCUUGCCGGCAAGAUGCUCUCCCCGGAGGACGCCGAGAAGUCCGGUCGUUUCUCGCUCAAUCCUGAUAUUGCCACGGUCUAUCACAGCCGGUACUUCCGCGAUGGUUACUUCGAGGCGAUCAAGCGGAUCAAGGAUGCGGCUGACAAGCACGGUCUGCGCAUGUCGGAGGUUGCUUGGCGUUGGUGUCAGCAUCAUUCGGCUCUUGGACCGGAGGACGGUGUCAUCCUCGGAGCGACGAGCCCCGAACAGCUGGAGUCUAACCUCUCAGACUCGGAGAAGGGACCUUUGCCCCAGGAUGUGGUGGAUGUGAUUGACCAGGGAUGGGAAGAGGUCAAGGGGUAUGCCCCUCAGUACUUCCGCUAGAUCCUCAGAGUAGGAAGCAGUCAUGUGACAAGUAGAA